CCAAGAAUAGCGCAGAGAUUGUCUAGAUACCCAGCUUGGUUGAGUUAGCAGGGAUGCCGGUGGGCGUGGCACGUUGAAGGAAGGCCGUCUUGCCUUCCUAUUUUGCAAGUAAUUGGCAGUUCGAGCCCCGUAGUAUAAAUACAAUGUUUUCUCGCAGUAACCAUGGCGCUGUUACUCUCUCUACCGCAAAAAAAACGUCCUCUCACGCGUGAAAUCCGACGCUGCCGCCACGAGAGCCUCUCCGUGCAUGAUGUCGUCGCAGUACGCGAUUGUGACCAGCGAAAAGCCUUCUCUCUCUUCCUGCUCCGCACAACGCGGCCGGAGAACAACCGGCCACUUACAUCCAAACAGAAUGCAAAGCAUAUCGCCUCGCUGCACAGGGUGCCCCGAUACCCCAAAGUAUCCCGUGUCGGUCGAGACGUAGCAGCUGCUGGCCGCCUUGUACGCAAGCGUGACAAGCGCUUCUUCGGCUGCGCCGAGGGCGAGCGGGGUGUGCUGGCUGACCUCGUGCGCCCACGGCUCGCGCAGGCAGAGGAACUUGGGCUGUAGCAGUUGCUGCGAGUGUGCCUCGAGAGAAGCGUAGCCGCCGCCGCCGUCUUGGUGUCGUCCGAUGUUGUCGAACAUGGUGCUGCCUUGGCUGGCGGCGCUCCACAGUAGACUUUUGGCGGAAGGG